GGUCUUCGUACCAAUCGGACUCUUCUGGAGUUGAUACUUGCAAGAAAUGUGGUUGGUGAUCCUGGUGCAUCAGCUCUAGCUGCUAUUGCAAUGAAAUUCCCAUUGACUGCUGAAGAAUUGAAAUCCAGGAAACAAAGAGCAGACGAGCGUAAUAGGGCUCGUUUCCAAAUGGUGGAAGAGAAGCUGAACGAAUUGGCUGCUAAGGACGGGCUGCAAUUCAGGGAAGCCAGAAAAAGUGGUCGCCCUGUAACAGCUCCAAUAAGCGACGAAAUCAGGCGGAGAAUAGAAGCUGAAGUUGACAAGAAAUUAAACUUUGACUCGCACCCUUAUUCAUGGGAUGCAAGGCCGGAUGGCUUGGAUAUGUGGUGCAUAGGCAAUUUCCAAAUAAAAGAAAUUUGUCUUGAUUACAACAAAAUUGGUAUGAUAGGCAUUCACAAAUUUCUUCAUACUCUUGAAUACCAAAUGAAAUUGAAGGAAGCAGAAGGCCGCGAUCGUUCUGCAGGAUUAACAUGUAUCAGGUUACAGGGUAAUGCAGUCUCAGGAAGGGUUCCUUCUCUGGAGAAGAUACAAGAAAUUCUCACGAGGCACAUCAGAGCGAUGUAUCCGACGAAAGGGCAUCGACGCCAACAGUCCCCACCAAAGCGAACACCA